UCCACAUGAAUCCUCAGCUACCACGUGUACGGCUACGAUCUACCCGUGUUUCUCUCAGCCUACCCGCCAACAAUUUUAAUGCCGGCGUUUCGGCAAUUGUGGUUACAGUUAUAAAAAUCCAAUCUUUAAAUUUAUAUCCAAACUCUGAUUUACAAUCUGAUUGCUUCGCCUCGAAUUCAAAGAUGUGCUUUUUUUGCCAUUCGGGCUCUGGAUGUACAGAGAAGUUGCUUGUCUGCUUAGUAGCUCGAAUAGAAAAGAAUUUACGGAUCAAGCCGGUAUUAACUCAUCAAUCGUUUUUGGAAAGAUCUUUUGCCAAACUUCAGCAAAACUAUAUGGGGAUGGUGUGUGAUCCAGAUCCUGAUGUAGUACGUUGGGGGCUUCACCACCUCUUUGACGUUUGCUCGUUAGCAAAAAAUCACUCGCCACCAGCUUUGACGUGCUAUGUGGAGGACAUUUCAGCAACGUAUACAUUGAAGGAGGAGUUCUGCAAUGCAGCAGAAUCCGUAGUGGAGAACGAUAAGGCAAUCGCUCAAGCUCUUCAGGAUGAGUUCAUAAGGCUCGAUGCUGCAAAGGAUCUGGGAUCUGUGUCUUCACGAGAAGAACAUCAAAAUGAAUCGAUUCUCAGUCAGAAUUGGCCCUUCAGCUCUGGUAGGGAAAAGGCUGAAUCAGCUGGUUCAGCCUUUUAUUCGGUUAUUGAUGGUGAAAUGGAGAAAAGGCUGAAUCAGCUGGUUCCUGUUCCUCAUGUUCCUAAAAUCAACGGUGACAUACCCUCCACUGAUGAAGCUACAUCAGACCAUCAAAGGCUUUUGAACAGAUUGCAAUUGUAUGAAUUGGUUGAACUCAAAAUUUUGGGAGAUGGAAACUGUCAGUUUCGUUCGUUGUCUGAUCAAAUAUAUCGGGCCUCAGAUCAUCACAAAUUUGUGAGAGAACAAGUGGUCAACCAGCUGAAGUUACGACGAGACUUGUACGAAAAUUUUGUCCCGAUGCCUUAUGGUGAUUACAUAAAGAAAAUGAGCAAGAACGGGGAAUGGGGCGAUCACCUCACGUUGCAGGCUGCUGCAGAUUGGCUUGGCAUCAAAAUUUUCGUCGUUACAUCAUACAAGGAUACAUGCUACAUCGAGAUCCUUCCACAGACCGAACAGAAGUCAGAUAGAACUAUAUUCUUGAGCUUUUGGGCUGAGGUUCACUACAACUCGAUAUAUCCGUUAGGAGAGUGGCUGGAGACGCUACCGGAGAUUGAAAAUGAUUCGGCUAUCGAUGGUGAAUUGGGGAAAAGGCUGAAUCAGCUGGUUCCUAUUCCUCAUGUUCCUAAAAUCAACGGCGAGAUACCCUCGGUUGAUGAAGCUACAUCAGACCAUCAAAGGCUUUUGAACAGAUUGAAAUUGUAUGAUUUGGUUGAACUUAAGAUUUUGGGAGAUGGAAACUGUCAGUUCCGUUCGUUGUCUGAUCAAAUAUACCGGGCCUCAGAUCAUCACAAAUUCGUUAGAGAACAAGUGGUCAACCAGCUGAAGUUACGACGAGACUUGUACGAAAAUUUUGUCCCGAUGGCUUAUGGUGAAUACAUAAUGAAAAUGAGCAAGAACGGGGAAUGGGGUGAUCACCUCACGUUGCAGGCUGCUGCAGAUUGGUUCGGGAUCAAAUUGUUCGUCGUUACAUCAUACAAGGAUACAUGUUACAUCGAGAUCCUUCCACAGACUGAACAGAAGUCUGAUAGAACUUUAUUCUUGAGCUUCUGGGCUGAGGUCCACUACAACUCGAUAUAUCCAUUAGGAGAACUUCCGGAGGAAGAGAGCAAGAAGAAGAAGAAGCGAAGGUGGUGGUGAUCGUUGCGUGCAGGGCUCACUAUGUGGCUCGUCGAAGCAUCUACUCUCUAGCUGUGUAUAGCAACAUGGUUGGCAACAUUUGAUUGCAUAUUCCUUCAUUAUUCAAUUUCAUUUAGUUUGUAGAUUAGAUUUUUAGGGAGCCCUGUUUAUUUCUCUUGUAGGUUUCCAUGUCUGUACAGUAAUAAAUCUUCACGCCGACAUGCGUGCUCGUCUCGUAUUUUAUUUCAUCAGUGCAUGUCGUGUGUACAUGUACGAUAGAGUGAAAUACGAGAUGAAAUAAAGACAUGUAUAUUAAGUUUAGAGCCAAUAUAGUGUCAAUAGACACUAUGUAUUAAGUUUAGAGGUAAUAUAGUGUCAUACAAUUAUUUACACAAAAAAUAUUUGAACAGUUUGAUGAUUCUAAAA